AUGAGCGUCGAAUCAAAUACGGUCACCCUCUUCGUCCUCGACAUCUCGUCGCGCAUGGGAGAAACGCGUCAGGUCCAAGAUCGCAUCGUCACCGAAACACAGUCAGUACAACGACGCUCUCGUUCCACCACGCAUCUGCAAUGGGUCUGCGAAUUCGUCUCCGCUCGCAUAGCAGAGAUCAUCCUUCGCGGCCUCAAAACAACCCGCGUCGGCAUCAUCACCUAUGGCUCGCCCCGCACAAACAACUCCAUCCCUGACUCGCCCGACGACUACCAGGGCAUCGACGAGAUCUUCUGGCCUGCACUACCCACCCUCGAUACCUUGGAUCUAGUUCAGAGCCUUCGCGCAGUGCAUCCAGAUCAGAAGGCGCCACUAGCUGAUCCGCUGGCUGCGCUCGUAGACGCCAUCCAGCUCUCUUCUGAUCCGGAGAAGGGCGGUAUCAAAGGCUCUCAAAAGAACACGUGGAAGCGCACAGUCUACCUCGUCACAGAUGGACAAUCCCAGUUCGGCUUCGAUGGUGCAGAGGCCAUCAGCAAUAAGCUCCAAGAUGAAAACAUCGCUUUGCGUCUCCUCGGCGUCGACUUUGACGAUCCAGAAUCUGGUCUCAAGCUCGAGGGCAAAGACAAGGUCAAGCAAAGGAACGAACGGUUUUGGCGCGACUUUCUGGCCCAGAUACCCACCGCUGGUUUCGCGACCGCCACCUCAGCCAUCGCCCAGUCCGCCAUGCCAAAUGUUCAAGUCACAAGACCAGCACCAUCAAAGACCAUCCUCGCCUUUGGCGAUCCGCAAGAUCUCUCCUCUCAUGGGUCCUUUCAGAUCCCCAUCGCUCUCUACAAGAUGACCGACCCAGCUCGACCAAUGACCCAGUCCAAGAUUUCCAAACUCGCAAGAGAAAGCGCCGAGGCAACUCAAGAGCGCCAGCGCGAGCAGUCACGGCGCGAUCAUCUCAAUCCUACAUCGACCCCUGUAGCUCUCGUCAAAGACGAGCCUCCAGAAUCAUCCGUCGUAUACCGCGCAGAUCUAAAGCGAGAGUACUUCCUUCUCGACCAACUCGCCGCUCUUUCAAACCCCAACACGCAGCCUGAGCCGCUUCCGCCAGAUUUGGAUGCAAGCUUCACAAGAGCAUGGAAGCUCGGUGCCAGUCUUAUCCCCGUCCCGGAAGAUGCCUUUGGUCAGAUGGACACGCACAAGAGCAUGGAAAUCCUCCACUUUUUCAACGCGUCCGCCUACCGAAGGGAGUACAACAUGGACCACAUCUGGUACGUCUUUGCCGACCAUGCGCAGAUCAAAGCACAACUUCAAGUAUCGACGCUGGUCCGAGCCAUGGUAGAGUUGGAUGUGCUCGCCGUCGUCAGGCUCGUCAGGAAGGAUGGUGCGGAGCCCGAACUCGGCGUUCUCAAACCCAAGGUGGAGGAGCACAACGAGUACUUUUUCUACUCCAAGGCGCCGUUCCGUGAAGACUUGAGGAGGUUCCCCUUCCCACCGUUGGAUAGGAUCAUCACUACCGACGGUCAGGAGCUUCGUCAAGGUCCCACCAUCCCAGAUGACGCGGAUCAGCAGGCGAUGGAUGCGUUUGUCGACAGCCUCGAUCUGCCAGGGGAUUGGUACGACGUGCUCGAGUCCUACAAUCCGGCCAUACACGGUUUGAAGACGGCGGUUCGUCAGCGCUUCAUCCAUCCAGAAGGCAAAGAGAUUCCGGGGCCCCAUCCUGAGUUGGUCAAAUAUCUCGAAGCGCCCCCCGAGGUGAAGUCUGCUGCGCUCGAGGCAGCAAAAGCAUGUCGCGAGAGGUUCAAGAUCGCCUACGUUCCACCAAAGGGAAACGCAGAUAGGAAGAAACGCACGCUUAACGCGAUGCAGGACGACGAAAGGCAUCGGAACAGAUCUGCGGCGGUUGAGGACGGAGGAGAAGCGAGGAAAGCGGCUCGAUUCGAAGGCGCUCCAGCAGCCAGCGGUGAAAGGAAGAAGAUCGUGUUGGAUCAAGAUUCGGAUGCCACCGAGGAUGAGGACGAUUCGGUCGACGCUGCGGCGACUACGAAAUCUGAGCAAGCCUCUCAGUCUGCACCGCGCACCGCCAAGCAGUCGCUGUUGCGCCUUUCCGACCCAGUCAAGCACCUCCAUGAAUUGGUAGAGAAGGACGACGUCACAUCGGCGAUCAACUCGCUCGAAGCUACGCUCUACCAUCUCGUUGCGGAGAAAAAGUACGAUCUGGCAGCCGAAAGCAUGGGAGCGGGUAAGAAAGUGGCGCAGGAGUACGAAGAAGCUAUCAACUGGAACCUCUUUGUCCGCUCCUUUAAGAAGAUGUUGCUCAAGGAGCAUAGGGACUUUUGGGAUGAGAAGAUCAAGGGGAAGUUGGAGUAUGGAUUGGUGACCGAGGACGAAGAUGAGGCGAGACAGUCGGAUGUCACUGUGGAAGAUGCGAGGGAGUUUGCAGACACGGAUGAGGUUUGA